CAGUUGAACUGUUUGUGCUGUUGGGUGAGGCAGCAUGGCUCUUACUGUCAGACCUUUGCUCGUCUUACUGCUGUUAUUAAAUGGCUUGGUCAGGAGCCAUGACCAAAACACAGGUACAGACUGGACGAGUUUCCCAUCCACCACCACCACCACCACCCCACCGGCACAUAAUGACAUGACCCUCGAAUUGGCCAUUGGAAUACCUCUGGGGGUUGUGGCUCUCCUAAUCAUCAUUUCUGUUAUCGUUUACUUCAGCUGCCGUCGGAAGAAAGUAAUACCAGAGGUGGUGGUGACAUAUGGGACUGGGACUAACAACGUGAGCUUCAUCGCCGACAGUACUCCCCAAGAAGAAAUACUGAAGAUGGAAUUUGAAAAGAAUUUUGAAGAACAAGUUUAUAGCAAAUCAACAUCAAUCGCCCUGCAGCACCGAGACAGGAACAGAUAUGAGGAUAUUUUGCCAUUUGAUGUUACACUAGUGAGAUUAAACAAAGUGGACUACAUCAAUGCUUCUUAUAUCUUUGGGAAGAAGUUUAUAGCCACCCAGGAUCCUCUACCAGACCAAGAUGAUGAUUUCUGGCAGUUGAUAUGGGAGCAAAGGGUUCAAAUUAUUGUCCGACUUUCUACUGACAAUUCUAGCCAAACUGUCGCGCGGUAUAUUGACGACCGCGGCGACAACACCUGGGUAAUGGGCCACGAUGAGUUGAAUGUCUCGGUCCUCACUACACACAACAACGGAGUGUUCUACAAGAGGACGUUUAAAGUUAGCAAGGAUAAUGACGUCAGGUUCAUUGAGCACUUCCACAUGACCAACUGGCCAGAGGGGAGAGUGCCACAGCGAGACGACACCCUCAACCUGAUAGUGUCAGCUCGUAGUGCCAGCAUAAAGUAUGGAUCAGAGAGUCCAACCCUUAUACACUGCGGUGCGGGCUGUGGCAGAACGGGCACCAUCAUUGCACUGUGGCAUAUGAUUGACGAGUUCCUUGCAGAUCGGAUGGUCAACAUUGUCAGGACUGUUGAAAGCAUGCGCAGGUGUCGUAUGUCAAUGGUGAAAUCAGUGGAGCAGUACAUCUCUAUAUACAAGUGUUUCGAGGAAUUUAAGAAGAACCCACAACGCUGGCAAGUAAACAGUCUACCAUUUGAAGCCCUCGGGUAGAGGCAACACACACACACACACAUACAAGCAUCUUAAUCACUCUUACACCAAGAGAUACGAACGGCACAGAUGGCGACUCACUACGGCAUCGCUGCACUGCCUCUCGUUUCAUUCAACUCCUGAUUAGGUUUUGUAAGCUUGGUUGAGGAAGACAGUAAUCAUGGCCUCACUAUAAAAUGA